AUGCCGUCGGGAAAGGAAUCGGCUCUCCUUGCAUUGAGUGGGCAAAACCCGCCACGUCGGUGGGCCCUCGAUGCUCCGGCUGACGCGAUGAGGAAGACGCAGCCGACAUUGCCGUGGUUGUCAACUAUGAGAAACAAAAAGGGUAAAGAGAAGGAAUUUCAACAGAAUCAUAAAAAAUUUCAAAUUUCAGAAGAAGGAAGAGAUUGGGUUAUUAUGUCUAUAGGAAAAAAAUGGAGGGAGUUCAAAAGCAAACUAAAAAAACUUCACUAUGAUACUCAUAAAACUUACGAGGAAAAGAUAGCAGCUUGUGAUUCUCGAGUACACCCGAAAGAAUGGGAAUUUCUUGUUAAGCACUGGGACUCUCAAGUAGGACAGGAACGUAGUGCCAAAAAUAAAGCUAGCCGUGCAAUGCUAAAAACCACACAUACAGCAGGCACAAAAAGCUUCGCAAGAGUUCGUGCUGAGAUGGCCAAGAAAAAUAAUCAUAUUCAACCGAGAAGACAUGAGCUCUACAUAAGAACGCACACCAAGAAGAAUGGCAAGCCUUUAAAUGCGUAUUGCUCGAAAAUCAUGAAAAAUAUUGGAGAUUUAGUUCCAUUAUAUCCUGAAGUUGCACAAAGAGAUCCAUCUCGAAAUGACCUUUUAUCGCUGCUACUUAAAGAGAAAAGUACUCAACUUCAUUGUCAUGGAUUGGGUCCUAUUCCAGAUGAACUUCGAAAAUCAAAGACAACUCGUGCUGAUUAUAUUCGAAUGCUUUCUGAGACCAAAAAAGAAGCCGAGGAGGAGAAACGUGUAAUGCAAUCAGAAUUAGUAGAUAUGAGACAAAAAUAUGAAGAUAUACACAAGGAAAUGAUGACAAUGAAGGCAUGGGUAGAAUCAAUAGGUAAAAGGCCUCAAGACCAUUUCAUACUAGGAGAAGGAAUAUCAUGCGUUCCACAAGGCCUCAAACUAAAAUGCACUGAUCUUCCUUAUAAUGGAUCACCUAAUAAUCAGGCAACCUCUUCUCAUUCUAGUUAUGAAGCACCACCAACUCAGGUGUAUCGAGCUAAGAAUAUCUCAAAGAGAGUCCACGCUGUAUCAAAUAUUAUGAUUGGAACUGAAGUUUACUUGAGGAGUUUACAAAAACCUCACAAUCAUGUAGCACAAGGUUAUCUUUUGAGUAAAGAUCCAACUACAAGAGUGGGUGGGUUCGAAUUAGGACCACAGUGUUGGGAGAUUCAAAUUGAUGUGCCAAUAGUACGCAAUGAACCACUACUUAGACCAUAUAGUAGCUAUCAAACAAUUGGAGAUGCUGUUGGAGCAACUGUUGCUUGGCCAUAUACUUUUGUUAAGUGCAAGUAGUGCAUGAU